UGCCACGCGGCCGCGGAGCAUACCGGGAAGAAAACUGAAGCCGGUCACCUUUGAGAGUACCGGAGGGUUUGGGUCACUGAGCCGAGAUGUGGUUCGAGAUUCUACCUGGAGUUGCCAUCAUGGGCGUGUGCUUGGUCAUUCCCGGAGUGGCCACUGCAUACAUCCACCGGUUUACUAACGGGGGCAAGGAAAAAAGGGUUGCCCACUUUCCGUAUCAGUGGAGUUUGAUGGAAAGAGACAGGCGCAUCUCUGGAGUUAACCGUUACUAUGUGUCACAGGGUUUGGAGAACAUUGAUUAAGGAAGCAUUUUCCUGAUUGAUGAAAAAAUAACUCAGUUACGGUCCUCUAACCCUGCAGGAAGUUUAAGCAAUAUAUUCUGUGAUAUGCAGUUUCAUUUAGUGUGUUAUGUAAUGCUUAAUAAAAACAAAAUGAAAAACAGGCA